AUGAGCCCAAUCAUCGGUGUCUUCCCCGCCUCUGGUGGGCUGGGAUCCAGCGUUGUGAAUCAUCUGAAGACACUCGUGCCUGCUUCGCAAUUAUUGCUGAUCGCCCGCCACCCCGAGAAGCUCGUCGCCAUUAGCCGAGAAGGUGCUUCUGUUCGACAGGCCGAUUAUGAUAUCCCCUCCUCCUUGACCAAUGCAUUCGACGGUGUAGAUGUCUUGAUGCUGAUUUCGUAUGCAUCUUUUGAGAUCCAGCAUCGCGCUGAUGCUCACAGACUCGCAAUCGAUACGGCUAUCAAAAGUGGUGUGAAGCAUAUAUUCUACUCGUCGCUUGGUUUUGCUGGCAAUUUAAGCGAUGAAAGCGUUGCACAUGUCAUGGGCGCACAUCUCCUGACCGAGCAAUACCUCGCGGACCAGAAAGAUAAAAUCUCCUAUACUUCCAUUCGGGAGGGGAUCUACUCGGAGUCAUUCCCUAUCUAUACGGCCUGGUUUGAUCCAAAGAGCCCAGUUGGAGAAAUCACGAUUCCGCAUUCGGGAGAUGGACCUGGCGUCUCGUGGGUGAAACAAGACGAUCUAGGCGAAGCAACUGCUAAGCUAGUCGUUACAUACGCAAAUACCCCAACGGAAUUUAAUUAUCUCAACGAGAAAGUUCUCCUUUCGGGACAAAGGGAAAUCUCGCUUGCCGAGACGGUGGAAAUUCUGGGUCGCGCCAUCAGCAAAAAGCUUCACAUCAAAGAGAUUUCGGUCGAUCAAUAUGUCGAUUUGCCCCAGAUUGGGAAUAAGCACACAUACCACGGCAUUGAUCUCUCUAGAGAGUGGUCCACUGCCUGGCAAGCCAUUAGGAAUGGAGAGACGGCGGCUGUUUCUCCUGCUCUAAAGGAGAUCCUAGGCCGGGAGCCUGAAGAUUAUGAGACAACCAUUCAGAAUCUGAUCGGCAAUAUCUAG